AUGUCUAAGUUAGAGGCGAUUGGACUUAAACGAAAGGCCAUUACCAGUAAAAACAUGUCAUCGAGUAAUCGUAAAUUGGUUUACGUCCUCAAUCUGGAGGCCGAUUCUGACCGCCAGUCCGUACUCUACAGAUGUAAUAAUAAGGAUAGCGUUCAGUUCGCGUACGGCUCCUCUCUCUUUGGCCGACGCGUCGCUCUCUUCACCAAUUAUUGCCAAAAGAGUGUCCACUUUGAUCGAUACAAAUACCACGAACUCGUCUUCACCGGUCAGGUGUCGACAAUCACUUUCGAGACGAGCGGUUCCUUUCACUUCUACUACAAGGAGUUGUCCGCCGAUUCUGUUUGCGGACAGUUUUAUAUUGUUGAUACAAAUACCACGAACUCGUCUUCACCGGUGUCGACAAUCACUUUCGAGACGAGCGGUUCCUUUCACUUCUACUACAAGGAGUUGUCCGCCGAUUCUGUUUGCGGACAGUUUUAUAUUGUAGUCAAUCCUCAGCUUAGAGUGGGAUCCGAUGCCACCGAAUCCCUAUUGGAUUUGAAUGCCAUUCAGUGUCAGACAGUGUUAGCCAAAAGUUUGGCCACAUUUGAGACAUGGAAAGGAAAACUCGAGGUCGCUCAGAAAACUGGAUAUAAUUUGAUUCAUUUCACUCCAAUCCAAGAACUCGGCUCAUCCAACUCGUCGUACUGUCUAUCGGAUCAGUUGAAAGUGAAUCCCAUAUUUAGUGCGCCGGACAAGGAGUGCACGUUUGAAGACAUCUCCCAACUCAUCGAAUGGAUGCGAAAAGAGUGGCAAAUAUUGUCGUUGACUGACAUUGUUCUCAACCAUACGGCCAAUGAGUCGCCGUGGCUUCAGACGCAUCCCGAGUGCGCCUACAACUGUCUCAACAGUCCGUGGCUGCGAUCGGCCUAUUUGUUGGACAGAAUUCUUCAUCAUUUGACGUGCGAUAUCAUCGCCGAUCGGUGGACAUCAAGAGGUCUGACCACUGCUGUCAACACAGAGGAUCACUUGAAUGCCAUUCGAAGUGUUCUUCACGAAGAAUAUUUACCAAUUUUAAAUAUUGCGGAACUCUAUUUGGUUGACGUCAACGCUAUUGUGAAGCAAUUUAAAGAGUUUCUUAAGAAAUAUUGUUUGGAAUCAAAUCCACGCAAAUUGAAUGAAAAUUCACCGAAUCUAGAGAUCAUUGCGGACUCAAAAUACAGACGAUUUAAAUCGACAAUUGAUUUGAAUAUCGCGUUGAAAAUAGUGAGCAAUGAAAUUGAUUUUGACGGCAAUACUGAUCAAUGGGUUGAUUCGUCGGCCGAACACAUUAGACAUAAGCUAACAAUUCUUAACGAGAAUAUAAAAAACGAGAUAAACCAUCACUUGUCGGCUGCCAUUGAGAAUGUGAUCAAAUCAGUGAGAUAUGAGCGAAUCGACGAGUGGGGGCCCAAACAGAAAGAGGUUUCCCUUAAACAUCCACUCGUUUGGCAAUAUUUCACACACAAAGGGCCGGAUCUGGAUCUGAUUGCCGAACAAGAAUUGGCGUUCGAUGACAAUAGUUCACAGUUCUUGAUGGCUCACAACGGAUGGGUUAUGGGUGACGAUCCGCUCAGGAAUUUUGCUGAACGAGGU